UCUAUGUUAUGUUUGUUCUCUUAUGCUCUGCUUCUUCAAGCAUAAGAGGUACACUUUAACUUAACCUUAAUUGAUAGGAAAGUGUCUGAAAGCAUAUUGUUUAAAAGAUUACGUUAGUAUUAAUUUUCAAUUAGAAAUGAAUUCAAGAACUCAAACUAGAAGAAUUCCCGAGGUAGAGCCUCGAAUAGAUUAUGUGCAAUGCGACGGGUUAGUAGUCAUGAAAAUGGUAAAGCAUUGUCACGAAGAAUCGAUGAGUAACAUGGAUGUAGCUCAAGGUGCUCUGCUUGGUUUAGUUGUUCAAAAUCGUCUCGAGAUUACCAAUUGUUUUCCUUUUCCCAAAAACGAUGAGAUCAUGGACGAAGAAGAAUAUCAGCUUGCUAUGAUGCGUCGUCUUCGAUGGGUAAAUGUUGAUCAUUUCCAUGUUGGAUGGUAUCAGAGCGCAGAUGUUGGCAAUUUCUUAAACGUAUCUCUAUUAGAAUCACAAUAUCAUUAUCAAACAUCCAUCGAAGAAUCAGUGGUGCUUAUAUAUGAUACAGCUAAGUCAGCCAGAGGUUUUUUAACUUUAAAAGCAUACAGGCUUACUCCCCAAGCUAUACAAAUGUACAAGGAAGGUGAAUUUACACCAGAAGCAUUACGUACUUUGAAGAUUGGUUACGAAAAUUUAUUUAUUGAGAUCCCAGUUGUGAUAAAGAACAGUAACUUGACUAAUAUAAUGAUGUCUGAACUAGAGGAAAUGAUUCCCGAGGAAGAAGGUACUAAGUAUUUAGAUCUUGGAACAGCCACAGUCUUGGAAAACCAGUUACGUUGUUUGAUGGAUCGUGUGGAUGAAUUAAAUCAAGAAGCUAUGAAAUUCAAUAGAUAUCAGCAGCUAGUUGUUCGUCAACAGCAAGAGAAGAACAGACUUUUGGCUAAGAGAGCUCAAGAGAAUGCUGCUAGAGCUGCUAAAGAUGAGCCUCCAUUGCCAGAUGAUGAUAUCAACAAAUUAAUGAGACCUUUACCUGUUCCUCCUAGACUGAAUCCAAUGAUUGUUGCUGGACAGAUUAAUACAUAUAGUGAACACAUUUCUCAGUUCUGUGCUCAAAGUUUAGCAAAAUUAUACAUUACUCAAAGUCUACAGAAUGCCAAGGAAUCGAAAUCCUCUCAUUAAGAUAAUCCUAAAUGUAACUACAAAAUUUCCAACAUUAAACAUAAAGAAAUAAUAUUAAAAAUAAUAAAAUUUUCUAAGAAAGUGUA